AUGUCCUCCACGCACAAUUCCACCAAGAGGCCCCCCCUCCCCGGCGGCGCCGGGUCCUUCAGCCAGGGCGGCCAGCCGCAGGCGCGGCCGCCUGCCCCGCAGCCGCGCGCAGUCCUCUACGGCAUUAAGCAUCCGUCGAUGGCCAUGUGCUCGCUGCCCUCCUCGGCUACCACCGGGGUCGGCUCCGACGAGGCGGCCCGAUUCCUGGUCGGGUCGGCCACCACGCGCGGCCCGGCCGAGGUCCACCUUCUGGAGGUGUCCUCCGAGCCGGCGGACCCGGCCGCCGACGCCGGCGACAGCUGCGGCCCCAUCCGAUCCUCCUUUUACCACCACCCCCGUGGGCAAAUUUGCGACAUCUCCUCCUCGCCACACAACUCCUCAUGGUUCGCCACGUCCAGCGUCGAUGCCGCCUCCGGCGAGAACUUUGUCACCGUCUGGGGAGCAACCUUCCCCUUCUCCCCGGGCUCGCCCUCUCUGCCGGCAAGUGGAAAUCCCGGCGACAACAGCCCCCCUCUGAAGAUGAUUGCCUCCCUGUCCGGCCUCAAGUCGCAGGUCAACAACCAGGGUGAGUUUGCCACCAUCGACCAGGCUGGGGCUCUGUGCCUGUUCAACUUCGCCGGAUCCACUGCCACGGCCACCAACCCGGCUCCAGCCAAUCGCACGGCCACCAUCUCCACGGCGGACUUUGGCGUGGCCAACCCCAGCCCCCUGCUGGCUUGCUCGUGGAACCCCCACCAGGACGCGCAGAUUGUCACUUCGGCUCAGGAUGGCUCCCUCACGGUGUGGGACAUCCGCAGUAAGCGGCCUGCCAUUCGGACGACCUCGGCCCACGGCCUGAAGGUCCCCGUUCGCGCAGUCGACCAUAACCCCCUGGCCGCGUCGUUUCUCGCAUCCGGGGGCGAUGACGGGUCCGUCCGGAUUUGGGACAUACGCAACAUGGGCUCCGGGCCGGUGAAGACCACCCUUUCCCACACGCACUGGGUCUGGUCCGUGGAGUACAACCACUUUUAUGAUGAGCUGCUCCUGAGCGCCGGCUCCGACUCACGCGUGCAUCUCGAGAAUGUCGGGUCGCAUGUGUCCGGAUCGUCGAGCUACUCUGCCGGCGAGUCGACGCACUCGGACUCCGGCCUUCCGGCCUCCAGUCCCACCCCCUCGCGCAGCCGCGCCGGGCCGGUUCACACGUACACCCCCCAUGAGGAGUCGGUGUACUCGGCCCGGUGGUCUGCCUCUGAACCUUGGAUCCUGGCCUCGGUCUCGUAUGAUGGCCGUGUGGCCAUCAAUGUUGUGCCGCGGAGUGAGAAGCUGCGCCUCCUGUUGUAG